UCGCACAGGUGAGCGUGUCACUUGUUGCAUUCUCAUCUUCACUUUCAAGCGCACGGAAUUGCUUGACGUUUUAAGGAAGAGCGAAUAAUAUUAGGAAUAUUUUAAUACAUUUUCAUUUGUAUUGUGGGUAAUUAAACUAAUUAAGUAGAAAAACUAAAGUUUUAACGUUUAGUCUUUGUUAAUAUAACAAACGGUUAAUUUAGUCUUUAACAAUGCCAGAGCGCUCGUCUUGUGGGAGGGGCUAAAAUCUGCGACAGGUUACUUUUACAAAAGAUUUACCUGCACGCACUGAGAGACGUACGCAGGCGCGUGACAGAGAUAUAUUGUUAACCAAGUUUAGCUUCUCUGUCGACCUCGAUUAUGAAGUUUCCGGCCGUGCUGUUGGGGAUCGCUUUGGUCUGUUGUUUGGGUAUCGCUGGCUACAUCCACAACAAACGUAAGCACGAGAUUCAUCUGAGUAAACAGGCUUCCUUUCUAGACAUUAAGUUCAGAGUGACCAGAGAUGUACUGGGAGAGUACCAAGAACAGCUGGCCCAAUCCACGUCACUGCUGGAAAAGACUAAGAAAGAAGUGGAAGAUGUGACUAAAGAACUGUCUGACGCCAAGACAUUAUUAGAGAACAAAAAGAGUGAAUUAGAAACCUGUGAUACAGACAAGAAGCGAAUGACACUUGAGGGCAAUGUUGCAAAGUCAGAGAAAACAAGUGUCCAGAGUGAGUUUUUGAGGGAAAAGGUCCGUUGGUCAGAUGAAGUAGGCUUUCUGAAAAAGGAAUUAGAGGGGCGAAGCAAACUUUGCAAAUACAUCGACAUAUACUCCGAAGAAGCGAGGUCAUUGUGUGGCAUAGUUGGAGAGCCACCAAAACCAAAAGUUGAGGAACCCAAACCUGAGGCACCAAAAGCUGAACAGCCUAAACCUGAGGCACCGAAAGCUGAAGAACCCAAACCCGAGGCACCAAAAGCCGAACAGCCUCAACCAGAGGCACCGAAAGCCGAACAGCCUAAACCCGAGGCACCGAAAGCCGAACCGCCUCAACCCGAGGCACCAAAAGCCGAACCGCCUCAACCCGAGGCACCAAAAGCUGAACAGCCUCAACCCGAGGCACCAAAAGUUGAACAACCUAAACCUGAGGCACCAAAAGUUGAACCGCCUAAACCUGAGGAACCAAAAGUUGAGCAACCUAAACCUGAGGAACCAAAAGUUGAACAGCCUAAACCUGAGGAACCACAAGUAAAAGCAUCAUGAGAAAACCAAGUGUAGCUGCGUGUGUAAGGGAAAGACAGAGAAAAAAACUAUGCAAACAACUGGUGGAGAAUUUUGGGAAUUGAAAGAUGACCUAAACCUGAACAUCUUGUCUGGGUUGAUCUCCAGCAUUCCAGGUUAAACACUUGUAUACUCGCACAGAUGCCUGAAGGCUGGACUGUUGACAUCAUCACAUCUAUUGUAUUGCACGCUGUGUGUCAUAUCCAUGCUCUGUUUUUUUCCACCAAAAAAAUGUAUGUGGUGAGGGAUUUGGGAUGAUAUAGGUGGCUUGUUAUCUACAUUACCAACCUCACCAUGAAAUAUCUGUUCAACCUUUCAUUGUCUAUUUUUAUUGAAGCUUUUUUACAGUCGUUUUUUUCUUCUCAAUCUUUCCCUUCUAUUCUACCUUGGUCAUUAUAAUAGUAAUUUAUUUUGUAUGUGUGCCAUUAUGACCCUCCCUCAGGCUCUUCCGCUCCAUCAUGCAGACUCAUGUUAGUAUCGACCAAUGGAAAACCUCUGACCUUCUCACUGUCACUCCUCAUCAUCCUCACUCUGUUUCCCUGGUUACCAUAAUUAUGGUGUCCAGCUAGCUUAACUAGUCAUGACCUUCAGCAUUGCUGUUAGAAAGAUCUAACAGUUGCUAACAGUGUAUAAUGUCGUAGUUUUAGUUGUACGUUAUGAAGAGUACUGUGAUGUUUAGAGUGGAAAUAAAACACACUGGAUAUAGGUGGAUGAUUUUUAAUGUAUUCUUUCUGUAAAUGGAGAUUUCAUUGGAUUGAUAGAUGGGCACAUUAAAAUGCUGUUUGAAAUAAAAACACAACAGCGGUUUUAAAAUGGCAAA